AUGUCAAGAAGCUUGAUUGAUGCGACGGAGAUUCCCCUCUGUCGAGAGUCGUCUACUGAACCGGGUAAAAAGGAAGACUGGCCGGCUUUGACUCCUGAGUCUUCGCUGUCGCUGGACCAUGCUGAAGAUCCGAGAGGGAAUGAAUCUUUUGUGAGCCAAGAUGAAAUGGUCAACCCAACUGUGAAUAUCAAUAACGAUGGCAAAAAAAUCAUCAAAGAUUUGCCGCUACAACCAAUGCCAAAAUCAUCGCAGGCUUUUCAUCCAGCUGAUGAAGAUAAAGGCGUUAUUUUGCCGCUCUCGGUCUCUGAUUCCGUCGAUGGAGUUGAAAAAAUGCCCGCAGAAGAGUUUUCAGACAGCAGCACAAACGACACGUCGCAAUUCAACCAAGACAGUGAUAUUGCAACAAGUCAGUAUGCACAGUUAGCAAACUGCAACCUAAACGUUUCCUCAGCCGAAGCCAUGGAGUCCAUGCAGAGACCCGUUACAGGGCGCCUUCGCCAAAAAGGGUCUGACAAGGCGACUCAACUUCUCAGCAUUGAGAAUAGACGAGUUUCAAUUCCCGAUUUUCGGAAGACAGUCAUGUCACUAAUGGCUCAGAAUUGCUCCAAUCCGGACGAGUCCACCGAAUCUACCAUGAUUGAACCCGAUAAUCUUCAAACCCUCACUAUAUUUGAAGAGGAAACUUUGGAAGAUGACAAGGACGAUGCCAAGCUUAACCUUUGCUCUCCUUCGAGCAAGGUCACAACAGAUUCCAUGCAGUUCUCCGCGACAUCCACAAAGCCAGCAUCCUAUACUGAUCCAUCACAUUUGUAUGCCCACAACGCAAGACUUAAACAUGUUUCGGCUACCAAUCCUUCUCUUAUCCUUCGAAUUGCGCCAGAAGCUGAUAGAAUUAUUAUGGGGAACUCGGAUUUGGAUAAAGAAAACGUUAGCAAGAGCAACCUUCGAGGUAGUAGAUUCUUGCCUCGCACCCCUUCAAUCCAGGGAAUUCAGAACAUUGUCCGGAAUGCUAGUACGUUCGAUUCACGAGUGAAGUUCCCAUUUGGACAGAAGUUACGCGGUGCAAGCAACUUGCGGACGAGUUGGCAUAAUACGGGAAUCACGAAGGCAUCCAGAACGGCUCACGUUCUUCUGACAUAUGCUUUCAACCGCUGCGUCGAGAUGAUAUCGCCGCAGAAGAUCUGAGUUCAGAUGAUGGCCUGAAGAGACAUCAGAAGUCCUUCUCCAACCGAGUUUCGAGUAGCGGCAUCACCGAGAAUCAUAUGCAAAAAGAAUUUGAGAGUCAGUCACCUGUAAUCAAGGACGUUGAGGAG